AUGAACGUUAUAGACGAAAAAAGAGGUUUUCGAAUUAGUGAGCAACAACGUAUGGCGUUAAUCAGCUAUAUGGCUGAUCAUCCACAAUUGCUAGGUGGUAAAUUUACCCAAAAUUUUACUGCUUCUUCGGCUAAAAAUAUGUGGAAGGAGUUGGAAUCCGAAUUGAAUUGGAUGGCGGGCGCAAAGAAAGAUUGGCAGCAGUGGCGAAAAUCCUGGCAUGACAUGAAGACGAAAGUAAAAUCAAAAAAUGCAAAAAUUAAAAAUCACAGAAGGGGCACUGGUGGUGGAGCACCACUGGGAGAUGUGUUAACAAACUGGGAAGAGAGUAUUGUUAAUUUGAUUUGCUCAACGGCCAGUAUGGGACACCCAGACAUCGACGAGUCGCUUAUAGAAUCUGAUAUUGAUUUACCUGCAACAGAGACAGUUGAGGUUGAAGAAGUCAUGGUGUUGCAGGAUCACCUUGAGGAUCACUGUUAUGGAGAAGUUAUGGAGAAAUUUGAAAUUGUACCUACUGAGACUAGUACUCCAAACAUCUUUCCACCUACUCCCAAGGUUAUUACACAAAAAAAUUUUUCUACCCGUCGUCAGACAGUGCAGAAUUCUACAGAGGCUACAAAAAAUCUGACUAAAACAUCUGAGGCUAGAAAUGAGAUGAUGGGCCAAUAUUACAGAGAAAAGUUGGACAUACUUAAAGAAACUAACGAGUUAAAAAAAACUGAACUGAAGUUAAUGCGGGAACAAAACGAAAUUCAGAAAGAAGAUGUUGACAAUAGAAAAAUCCAAAAUGUUUUGCUUGAAAACAUAUCAACAAUUUUGAAAAAAAUUGUUGACAAAUAA